CCCAUACCAUGCCAGUCACUUAACCGAGCCGUAAUCCUAAUCAUGGUAUCUAUUUUCCUGUUGUCUAUAAAGUACAGUAAUUUGAUUGGCUCGUUACCGCAGACCCCCCGCAAUAUAUAUUGUUGUAGGCAAGAAAGUAUACCCUCAUUUUUCACCUCAAGUCACAGUGUCGACAUCAGUUUUUUCCCCGAGUUCAAGAUGGUCGCAGGAAGCUUCUUCAAGAUUGUUACUCUGAUAGUCCUCUUUCGAGCUGCACGCCCUACAAGUGCUGCAAGCACAUCCCCGUCUGCGUGUCCCUGUCGUCCAGUCAUUAAUGUUUCUGUGGAUGGCGUCGGUCAGUGCGACUUGUGCGAUGGAAACAGCCAGUUGUUACAGGAAGUGAACGAUUUGAAGAAAGAACUCGCCUCGAUAAAGAAUCAAAUCAGUCAGAUUCAGCCAGGCUUACCAUUCGACCUUUAUUUUACUAAAAGCGGGACAAGUGACUAUGUCAUCCACCAUGGCUUGCAAGUCACGAACGCGUUUACCGUGUGCUUACGAGUGCGUACAACGGACAAGACGGGAGAUCACCGGACGGUCGUGAGUUACAGCACGAACUCGAACUUCAAUGAAGUUCUAAUAAACAGGAUGUCUCAAAUUCAACUAGUGAUCAUUGAUGACUCAAGGAUCAGUGGAAUAUCAGCAAAUGAUGGCUUCUGGCAUCACAUAUGUGUUUCAUGGGAAAACAAAGUUGGCUCCUGGAAGAUUUACAAAGAUGGCGUCUCCCAAGCCAGUGGGUCUGGAUUUAAAACCGGUCACGUGAUCAACACAAAUGGAAUCCUCGUCAUCGGGCAGGACCAAGAUUCGUUUGGAGGAGGAUUUCUCGCUAGCCAAAGCUACAUUGGAGAACUCACUGAUCUGAACGUGUGGAACAGGGUCCUUACUGCAAAUGAAAUACUCAAGCUGUCCAGGUCAUGUCACGGGGGAAGGGGUAAUGUCAAGAAAUGGUCUGAUUUUAAAGUUGGACUUAGAGGUGAUGUGAGAGUUAUUUCUCCAUCUGCUUGCGAAAUAUGAAAUGCUUCAUACUUAAACGUCAUUUCUAACUACUUCUUAGGACGUCAAAUCAAAUCAGAGUAGAUGUUAGGUUUCGCUUUGCCAUGAGGUACAGUAAUCUCGAUUUGGCACUAACGGGGUUUUAGAGUACACAGUAUUAGGUUUUUAUGUAUGCACUUGUCGUCAGUUAUAGGAUAAGUGAAAUGCCUACAUUUGCAGUGAUUGUAGUCUGCUGGCAGCUGGUUUUUUCUCUAAGGGUCACCAGGACGAGUGUUUAGUCAUCGCGAACGCAAAAGGGCGGUAUGGUGGUGGCCGAGUAGGGAAGAAGGCGGGACAAGGGCGGUAUGGCCGAGUAGCCAUGUCUCGUCCCAUUCCUCUUUAGGCUGUUCUUAUGUACAGUUGAUGUGAUGUCUUCCAAGAUUUUAUCAACUUAAUAAAUGUAGAUGUAGAUAGUGAUAGCGCCAUCAUUUACAUUUGUUGGCAUUUAAAGUAGACAGUGUUACGCAGGGAUGGGAGGGCUUACAGCGAGCACCAGAGGCGCUAACUUUCCUUAUGGGUUUAUAAUUAUUAUUCUACGUAUUUUUAGCUUGAAAUUGUGGUAAAGCUCCCCCAGCCCCCCCCCGGUUUCGCCGUCCCUGUUAUGUAAAGGAUGUAUGAUACAGCGGGUUGGGCACGGGAUUUUUUUUUUACCGGAAGCGACUAUUCAUUUAAUAUGACGGGGAGAAGGUGGUGGAAAUGGGGUUGUAAUGGGCUUGGGGGUCAUCCGUUUACAUGUUUUAAGAGCUGACUUUGCGUGUAUGACUCUGAAAUAAAUGUAAAAGUGUGUUUUGACA